GAAGACACUGACGUUGUUAAUUAUCGCUGGCGACAUUGAAGAGUUCUUAUUAGUUGAUUACGUAAUUGAGGCACUUAAUCAACUGUUAGAUCUGUUACCCCUCAGUUUCCAAUUGACGAAAUUGUUGAAUGGCUCGUUUUCGAAAUCAGAAUUGAUAUAAAGGCUGGAGCAUAUCCUAAUAUAAAAUGAGCAAAGCGGUGGUUUUGCGAGGCUAGUUCUAGUCUGAAAGUGUCGUUUAUAAUCCGAUCUUCAGUUUUCAUAUCCGCUUUUAUGAAAUUAUUAUCGGAAAGCUUCAACCUCCACCCUUUUGUAAAAAAAAAAAGGGGGAUCGAAUAUAAAUGGUGGUCUGAGAGCAGGGCGCGUUGCCGCUUACGUUAUGAAAAGUCGCGUUACUGUUCGCGAUUUAAUUGGCCGGCGAUCGCGUGGCAGUCGAUCGGGACAGAGGAAAAACGAGGAGGGCCCGAUUUAAUUGAGCUGAAUGCACCACCGGACGCGACGGCAUGGCACAUCGAGAGGGAGAAAGAGCGCUGAUCGAUAAAGUGUAAUAAAUAUAAUUACAACGAGGGCAGAGGAGAUGGAAGAGCGGAGGAGGAUGUUUUUUAUUCCCCCUGCGCGAGUGGAAAACGUGGAAUUUAUUAUCGGGCGCGCGAGCGCGACCGUAAAACAUCAGAGAUUAUAAUCAAUCUCGCCGAUGAUGAUAAAAACCGCGCUGAGAGACAAAUUAUUGUCGCGUCGCAUCGGCGAUGCAUUUUCCAUUAGGUCGAAUAGGCCCGGGCGUCGGAUAACGCAAUAUAGCCGGGCGCAAAAUCACAAGCAAUUGUCAAAACGUUGUUAAAACAAUCACAAUUUUUCGAGCGAUUGUAGGAAAAGUCGACGGAAGCUAUAGUUUUAAACGAGGCAGAAGAAAUAUAAGAACCUGCGAAGACUUUAAUUUAAUUUAAUUGUUAUGUUUUCGCAAAUGCACUAUAUGCACAUUUUGAUAAUUAAAAUACACGAUUCUUAGACACACGCUUAGCGUAACACGUUAGUGUUUGCAGUUGGUCUAUCAAUAUUCAAAUUUCGUCUAAUUUUCACCUCGAUCUAAUAUGACCCAAGUAUUAUCACAAACGAGAUUGCAAUUUCUGCAGCAUCUGACGCUCAGUCCGGUAAUAAUCUCUUUUCCAGGAUGGAUGGGCCAGCGGUGCUGUCGAUGCCGCCGCUGACUUCUUCGCAGAAAUCGGCGCAAUCACCGCAACCACAAUCGCAUCCGAAGCAGAAUCAGGAGUUGCAGGUGGGUACCGUGUCGCUUUACGGGAUCCAUAUCGUGUCGCUGGUGAUCGAGGGCCAGGAGCGACUGUGCCUGGCGCAGAUCAGCAACACCCUGCUGAAGCAGUUCAGCUACAACGAGAUCCACAAUCGCCGGGUAGCGCUGGGCAUCACCUGCGUGCAGUGUACGCCGGUGCAGCUGGAGAUACUCCGCCGGGCCGGCGCGAUGCCGGUGUCCUCGCGUAGAUGCGGCAUGAUCACUCGCAGGGAGGCCGAACGCCUCUGCAAGUCCUUCCUCGGCGACAACGCACCGCCCAGAUUGCCCGAAGAUUUCGCGUUCUCCGUUCACCACGAAUGCGCCUGGGGCUGCCGCGGCGCCUUCCUACCAGCCCGUUACAACAGUUCGCGCGCAAAGUGCAUCAAGUGCGCGUACUGCGGCCUGUUCUUCUCGCCCAACAAGUUCAUCUUCCAUUCGCACCGUAUCGGGCCGUCGGACAAGUACGUGCAGCCGGACGCGGCGAACUUCAAUUCGUGGCGCCGGCACAUGAAACUGUCCGGCAGCCCGCCGGACGAGGUGGUGCACGCCUGGGAGGACGUCAAGGCGAUGUUCAACGGCGGCACCAGGAAGCGCUUGUUGGGCAACUCGAACAGCUCCCGGGAAUCGCCGAGUCCGGCGAAGCAGCCCAGGUCGUCGCCGAACAGCGCCGCGCAGAUACCCACCCUGGUGCCGACACCGGCGCAUCCCCGUGUACCGCCGUUCCCCGAACUACCCCUGCCGCUGUCCCGCAGUCUCGUCAUGGACUACGUGUGGCAUCAGCAUCAGCAAGCGGCGGCGGUCGCCGCGGCCAAGACACCCAGCCCAUUCGCGUUUCCGUCCUACGCCCUGCCCUGGUUGGCCAAGCGGAGUCCCGUCCUGUUUCCCGGACCGCUACCGCCGCCCAUAAGCGGUUCCAGCCCCACGGAACCGCUGAUUCCGGCUGUCAAUCCACCUCUGCAUCAGUCUGCGUUCCGUCCGGUGAUUCGCGGGCCACCGAUCGUCGAGCCGGCGGUCAUCCCGGAGCGGCCGGCGGACGCGGACCAGAAAGAGGACAACUCCGACGACGAGGUCGACAUCGAGACGACGGAGGACGAUCCGGUGACGCCGCUCAACGCGAGCCUUCAGAAUCUUCACUCGGCCUCGAAUUCCGCGAUGAGCAGCCACAGCGGACGAAGCACGUCGCCGCAGUGCUGGAGUCCUCCCCGAGAAACGGAGCGGGAGGCCGAGAAGAUCGCCGAGGAGGCCGCGGCACUGCGCGACGUGAAGACGGAAUUGCCGCCGGCGAGAAGUCCCGAGACCUGGCACGGCAGUGCCUACUAUCGGCAUCUCAACGUUCUGAAGGGGAACGAGCCGGCCGCGGAAAGGGCGGGCUCCGAUUGCUCGGCUUGCCGUCCUCCACGCGGUAUGUUUUACGGCCAGGUCCACAGUCCGUCCACGCCGACCAAUUAAUCGAGCUGGGCUGGCUGAAUUAAUCGACACGCUGGAGCAGCAGCGUUACGAAGAGGAGGACAUGGCACAUUUAACCCGAACCGUUCCGUAAGCUUGCGACACGUCCGUUGCCUUAAAGCGCACUCUGGUCGAUCUCUAUAGUCGUCGAACUUAAGGGCUAAGGCGCAACAGUGGUCUAACGUCUUUUCAAGAAGUUGAUCGUAAAAACUUGACGAAAUUAGAUUUAAAAUUAACUAAACCGAACGGAUUGAGAUGAACAAAUUGAACGGGGGCGUAGUCGAUAAAAAAUUUAGACAUAGAAUUUUCAACGAGCGCCAUCUGAAUCUAAUCUAAAAUCUAACUAAUGCUCUCGAGCCCUUUAGGAAAGCGCGUUGAACCGGUGUUGCGUCAGACUCUACGAUUUAUAAUAAUUCGCUUCACGUUCGCGGCAUUCGCUGAAAUCGGGCCCAGUUUUGUCGCCGCGGCGGCCCCUUCGUUGCGCGCGAAACUCGGACUAACCCGCCACUAGCAAACGUUAGCAAAGUCUUUCGUCUUACGUAUUUGUGAUACCAGCUAGAAACGGACAUCGAUUUUAUCGCGUCGUCAAGCGGCAGCUCCUUGUCACGUCCGGUAAUGGAUCUUUAGGACGGCGAUUCGUUUUAGCAGGAUGUUUGCGCGUUUCGUCCUUUUACGGCGUCGUAAGCAGGCGAACAGAUCGAUCGAGUCGAGAAGCUUGGCAAGAAACUUGGCGGGGCGCUCGUUGUGAAUAUAGAGCGGCGUCUAGAAUAAUGUUCGCCCGGAGACACUGUCGUCUUCGACAGAGCGAGGGCGGCAGUCACGCUGACAUUUACGAAUCCGACCAUUUCCAAGCGGAUUCGUUAAUCUAGUCUCGUAUUACUCCGAUUACGCCGUAAUUUUCUAGUAAAAUUUUGCUCAGAGAAGCUCAGUGUAACACGGCACGUAUAGAGGAUGCGGAUAAACGAGGACAACCGCGACUUUGAUACAGCAUGGAGACGCGUGAUUUACAUACAGUGAGGGACAGAAUGAGAAAAGUCGACGAGUCUGGAUGAGAUACCUCUAGCAUCUUUUUCUAAAUAAAGCUGGAAGACAUGUAUGUACAACGUCAUGUUCCUCGCGUAAUCUUAGUUCCUUUAUGGAUUACCAUACCCGCGUCUUUUAUUUCGCAAAGUGUUGUGAUAAAAAACUAGGCGUCAUAUUAAAUUUCCAAUAAUACAAGAUUGUCAUGUAUUUACUAAGAACAGCUAAUUGUUAUUUUUAUUAUCAGGGGCUGAUAAUAAAAACUGAUUAUUAGAUGACAUCUAUUUGUAAUGAAUUUUAUCAGCGUAUUAUAUCAAAUUUUCUCCCUAAGAAUAACAUUAUUAAUCAGGAAAUUUGAUAUUUAAAUAUGAGAACUGAUUUAAUCCCGAAUUUAAGUCGUGCAGUCCUAGUGCGACAACACUAAUAAUAGGUGCGUCCCAGAGACUCGUUUACAUCAACUCGCGGUAAUCGGCGAUGCCGCCGAGAGUUCCAUCGCGACGCUAAUCGCGCCGCGGCGCAUCGGGCAGCGUAGCUUAGAAUCGAUAGACGUUUACCGCGCGGACGAUAUACACAGUGCAAUUAUACUUCGUUGCGUAAAUCGAUUUAGGCAGAUCGAGGUAAACCGGACGGAUACGAGUCGAAUUAGAGAAAGAGAGAGAGAAAGAGAGAAGAGAAAAGAAUCCCCGCGCUUUACGCCGUAGGCCGCAGCUGUAAGUACCGCCACUCUAGUAGAUUAACGUACGUAAGUUGCAUCAUUGAACAUAUUGUAGAUGACAGCGUGUGUGACAAAAAACCCACGAGUGUAAUCCAAGGUUCUAAUAAAAGAUCUUGAUCGCUGGAAAAAGCCCGUGACAUAAUCACUCUCACCUCGCCAGUAAACGACACGGGGGUCCGUGUCAUCUAGUCUAAUGUUGCGUAACUCCUGGUGACAUAUCAUUCUGUUGUACAAUGUUACUUUGCUAGAUUUUAUUUAUUUUAUUUAAGAACCCUCAACAAAAUGCUUCCCUCAAGCGCAUAAAUCGACAAUAGCUCUCUGCAAAAAGGAAUCUGAACGACUCGUUGGCGGUCGAGAUAACAACGCGACUCGCGAAACUGAUAAAAUACAUUGCACCGUAAUUAUCUAUGACUAGCUUGCAGAAUGCAAUCGAUCUUGUGCGGAAAGUCUGCAAGUUGAUUGGCUAUAUAUUUCUCGGAACUAGAACAUGGACACAGUUCUUGGAUCGUGGACGCAAGGCUUAAGGGCGGUAUUCAUAGCCAGAUUUUACGUUUAAGAUCGUCUUAAGAUCAUCUUUAA